AUCGAAUUUAAUAAGUAUUAAUUGUUUUUCCUCAAUUCUAAUUUGUGUUGGGAUAUUGAGUGAUUCAUUUGAGCUGAGCUAUUAGCUUUUGCAUAAGUUUCUCCAUAUCUAAUAUAUUUUCACUCUUUCAUUUUUCUGGGUUUGUGAUAGGGAACUGUUGUUGCUGGGUAGCGUAUGGUUUCUGUUGGUUCGCAAGCUUUAGUUUCGAGAAGGACCAGAAGUUGCAAUUUGGUGGAAGAUAGCUCAAUGGGUGAGGAGGAUAAAUCAUAUAAGCAAAGUAAAAGGAAAAAGGGUAUGGGCAGGAAGGCCAAGAAAGAAAGGUUUGGUUUUGAUGGGGAUAAUUCUAGCAAAAAUGUUUCUGGAACUGGAUGGGUGGGUGCUGGAAUUAUCGGUCAUAAAAAGUCCUCCAAGCAUAAAAAUACAUCAGACCUCCAACCAUUGGUUAUCAGGAAACAGGUUGAUCCUGAAACGGUAAAAUACUUUUCAGAGAUUGCAAAUCUUUUUGAAAGUAGUGGGAUUGACUUGGAGGAGCGAUCAGUUAUUUGUGCUAAUGCCCUUGAAGAAGCUCAAGGGAAAGAAUUUGAAUUGGCAACUGAUUAUAUUAUAAGCCAUACUUUGCAAACUCUCCUUGAGGGCUGCAAUGUGGACCACCUUUGUAGUUUCCUUCGGGGCUGUGCGAAGAUCUUCCCUUUAAUUGCAAUGGAUAGAUCUGGUUCUCAUGUUGCUGAGACAGCACUCAAGUCUUUAGCUACGCAUCUUCAGGAUAAUGAGGCUUAUUCUAUUAUUGAAGAGACUCUAACUAUGAUAUGCAAGGUGAUUGUUUCCAAUCCUGUUGAUAUGAUGUGUAACUGUUAUGGAUCUCAUGUUCUUCGAAGUCUUCUUUGUCUUUGUGGGGGAGUGCCAUUAGAUUCCCCAGAGUUUCAUGGAGCAAAGCCAUCAACAAUUUUGGCAGAGCGACUUAACCUCAAGGAAACUCGGGAGGGUGGGAACAACUCAGUUAAACAUCAGCUGGGAUUUCCCAGUUUAUUGAAGUUUCUUGUGUCAGAAAUGUUGAAAUGCACCCAUGAAGACAUUAAAACCCUGCAAGUUGAUCAAUAUAGCAGUUUGGUUUUGCAGACGGCUUUGAAGUUAUUAGCUGGGCAAAGUCAAGAGUUAAUGCAAAUAAUUGCUAUUUUGCUUGGAUGCAAAGAAGAAAAUUUAACAGAAGAGAACUUCAUAAAUACGACAGCAGUUGUUGAAGUUGUAGAAUUGAUGAAAGAAACUGCAUACAGCCACUUAAUGGAGGUGAUCUUGGGAGUUGCUCCUGAAAGCUUGUAUAACAAAAUGUUCACUAAAGUUUUCAGGAAAUCAUUAUUUGAGCUUUCAUCCCAUCACUGUGGCAACUUUGUUAUUCAAGCAUUAGUUUCUCAUGCAAGAAAUCAAGAACAAAUGGAGAUGAUUUGGGAGGCACUUGGUCCAAAAUUUAAAGAUCUUCUUGAAAUGGGGAGGUCAGGAGUUAUUGCAUCUCUUAUUGCUGCAUGCCAAAGGCUUCAUAUCCAUGAAAAUAAGUGCUGUCAGGCCCUUACUGCAGCUGUUUGUUUACCAAAUGAGUCUCCAAGAUGCAUUGUUCCUCGGAUACUAUUUCUUGAAAGUUACUUUGCCUUUGAGGACAAGUCUAAUUGGAAGUGGCCGAGUGAUUUUAAGAUGCAUGUCAUGGGUUCUCUGAUUCUUCAAGCAAUUUUCAGAUUUCAAAGUGAGCUCAUUCAGCCUUUCAUUAACAGUCUUACAUCCAUGGAAAUUGACCAUGUCCUUCAAACCGCAAAAGAUGCUGGGGGGGCACGUGUUAUUGAAGCUUUUCUUAGUUCCAAUGCUUCUGGCAAACAGAAGCAUAGAUUAAUUAUGAAGUUACGAGGACAUUUUGGAGAGCUUGCAAUGCAUUCAUCUGGUUCAUUCACCAUUGAGAAGUGCUUCACUGCCAGUAGUGUCUCACUAAGAGAGGCCAUAGCAUCAGACUUGUUAGCAGUGCAACCUGAACUAUCCAAGACAAAGCAAGGUCCCUAUCUCUUAAGGAAACUAGAUAUUGACAGAUUUGCUAACCGGCCUGAUCAAUGGAAGGCCAUGCAAGCAUCAAAACAAUCAACGUACAAAGAAUUUUAUGCUGCAUUUGGAUCUAAUGAAAACAAGCGAUCAAGAAGUGACUCAUUUCUUGCUGAUACUUCCAAGAAUACAUCACAACCAAAAGGAAUAAAGAAAAUGAGGAAAGAGAUUGAUUAUCAUCUGACAUCUGAGAAAAACAGAAAGGGUCGUGCUGUUUCUGAGACUGUUGGAACAUCAAAGAAAGUUGUGGAAAGCACACACCAGAUACCGUUCCUAUCUACUGAUAUGAAGGGGAAGAAGCGACACAGAAAGCAUAAACCUACAAAAGUUUCAAAAAAGAAGUUAAAAGUAUGAUGAUGCAUUGUAUCAUUUUUACUGUUAGCUUUGUAAUGCCUUACUUGAGCUUUGCAGAGCAUGCAUUUCAGGAAUGGCAAUUUGGUCACAUAGAUUAUCAUCACAGCA